AUGGAAUUAGCAAAGCUGCUGGAACGUGUUCCAAUUCCUAUCAAGGAAAGCUUGGAGGAACCCAGUGCCAAGAUCAAUGUUUUGCUGCAAGCAUAUAUAUCUCAGUUAAAGCUGGAAGGGCUGUCACUGACAUCUGACAUGGUGUUCAUAACUCAGAGUGCUGGACGGCUUAUGCGGGCUAUUUUUGAGAUUGUUCUGAAACGAGGAUGGGCACAACUUGCCGAGAAGGCCUUGAACUUGUGCAAGAUGGUGAGUAAAAGGAUGUGGAGUGUCCAGACACCUCUCCGGCAAUUCCAUGGUAUCUCCAAUGAUAUUCUUAUGAAGCUUGAGAAGAAGGAUUUGGCUUGGGAACGGUAUUAUGAUCUCUCAUCGCAGGAGCUAGGUGAGCUUAUACGUGCCCCCAAAAUGGGUAGAACUCUACAUAAGUUCAUCCAUCAAUUCCCUAAAUUGGAUAUGGCGGCACAUGUUCAGCCAAUUACACGUACAGUUCUGAGAGUUGAGCUUACAAUAACACCAGACUUCCAGUGGGAGGACAAGGUUCAUGAAUAUGUAGAGUCGUUUUGGGUACUUGUGGAGGAUAAUGAUGGUGAAUUUAUACAUCAUCGUGAGCAUUUCUUGUUGAAGAAGCAGUACAUUGAUGAGGAUCACACUUUGAAUUUCACGGUGCCAAUAUGUGAACCACUACCCCCACAGUAUUUCAUACGUGUUGUGUCAGAUAGAUGGCUAGGGUCACAAACUAUUUUGCUGGUCUCUUUUAGGCACCUCAUUCUGCCAGAAAAGUUCCCCCCACCAACGGAGCUGUUAGACUUGCAACCUCUUCCUGUGACUGCAUUAAGAAAUCCAUCUUAUGAAGCUCUUUAUCAAGAUUUCAAGCAUUUUAAUCCUGUUCAGACUCAAGUCUUUACCGUGCUGUAUAACACAGACGACAAUGUUCUAGUUGCUGCACCAACUGGAAGUGGAAAAACCAUAUGUGCGGAGUUUGCCAUACUAAGGAAUUAUCAGAAAGGACAGGACAACGUAUUACGUGCUGUGUACAUUGCCCCUAUUGAAGCUCUUGCCAAAGAGCGAUUCAGGGACUGGGAUAAGAAGUUUGGAAAGGGACUCGGAAUCCGUGUUGUUGAGUUAACAGGGGAGAUGGCUACAGAUUUGAAGCUUCUCGAGAGAGGUCAAAUAAUCAUUAGUACCCCUGAAAAAUGGGAUGCUUUAUCUCGCGCUGGAAGCAACGAAAAUAUUGGGGAUUGGAUAGGGGCUACAUCUCAUGGUCUCUUCAAUUUCCCGCCUGGCGUUCGCCCCGUUCCUUUGGAGAUUCAUAUUCAGGGGGUGGAUAUAGCUAAUUUUGAAGCCAGAAUGCAGGCAAUGACGAAACCAACAUACACUGCUAUCGUUCAGCAUGCAAAGAAUGGAAAACCUGCUAUUGUCUUUGUUCCCACGAGAAAGCAUGUCAGACUGACAGCGGUGGAUAUAAUGUCGUACUCAAGUGCAGAUAAUGGAGAGAAACUGCCAUUUUUGUUGAGAUCUCUUGAAGACAUCGAGCCCUUUGUUGACAAGAUCAAUGAUGAGAUGCUGAAAGCCAUUUUACGUCAUGGAGUUGGCUAUUUGCACGAGGGAUUGUCUAGCUUGGAUCAAGAAGUUGUGACGCAACUGUUUGAAGCAGGGUGGAUUCAAGUUUGUGUUAUAAGCAGCUCGAUGUGUUGGGAUGUUCCAUUGUCAGCCCAUUUGGUAGUAGUAAUGGGAACACAGUAUUAUGAUGGAAGAGAAAAUGCUCGCACCGAUUAUCCUGUUACUGAUUUGAUGCAGAUGAUGGGCCAUGCUAGUCGACCACUACUUGAUAAUUCUGGGAAAUGUGUCAUUCUCUGCCAUGCACCCCAUAAAGAAUACUACAAGAAGUUCUUAUAUGAAGCUUUCCCUGUUGAAAGCCACCUACACCAUUUUCUCCAUGAUAAUAUAAAUGCAGAAAUUGUUGCUGGAAUUAUUGAGAACAAGCAAGAUGUUGUUGAUUAUAUUACGUGGACUCUUAUGUACAGAAGGCUUACUCAGAAUCCCAAUUAUUAUAAUCUUCAAGGUGUCAGUCAUAGACAUCUUUCUGACCACCUUUCUGAGCUUGUUGAGAAUACGUUGAGUGACUUAGAAGCUAGCAAGUGCAUCGGCAUUGAGGAUGACAUGGACUUGUCUCCAUCUAAUCUUGGUAUGAUAGCAUCGUAUUAUUACAUCAGUUACACUACUAUUGAGCGUUUCAGUUCUUCUUUAACUGCUAAAACCAAGAUGAAGGGUCUUUUGGAGAUUCUGGCUUCAACUUCUGAGUAUGCAUUGCUUCCAAUACGACCGGGUGAAGAAGAGUUGAUUCGUAGAUUGAUUAAUCAUCAGCGAUUUUCAUUCGAAAAUCCAAAAUGCACAGACCCACAUGUCGAAGCAAAUGCUUUGCUGCAGGCUCAUUUCUCAAGGCAAUCUGUUGGUGGUAACUUGGCAUUGGAUCAACGAGAGGUAGUCAUUUCAGCCAGUAGGUUGCUGCAGGCAAUGGUGGAUGUCAUUUCAAGCAAUGGUUGGCUGAGCCUUGCCCUUCUCGCAAUGGAAGUAAGUCAAAUGGUAACCCAAAGCUUGUGGGAGCGGGAUUCCAUGCUUCUCCAGCUACCACAUUUCACAAAGGAGCUAGCCAAGAGAUGUCAAGAGAACCCUGGAAAGAACAUAGAGACAAUAUUUGACCUGGUGGAAAUGGAGGACGAUGAAAGGCGUGAACUACUUCAGAUGUCUGAUUCGCAGUUGCUGGAUAUUGCACGCUUUUGCAAUCGGUUCCCAAAUAUUGAUAUGGCAUAUGAGGUACUAGAUGGUGAGAAUGUUGCAGCAGGAGAGAACAUAACACUGCAGGUUACACUUGAGCGUGAUCUUGACGGGAGGACCGAGGUUGGGCCUGUGGAUGCUUUAAGGUAUCCCAAAGCCAAAGAAGAAGGCUGGUGGCUUGUUGUUGGCGAUACAAAGAGUAACCAGCUACUAGCGAUUAAAAGAGUUUCUCUUCAAAGGAAGGCAAAGGUCAAGCUUGAUUUCACUGCACCUGCAGGUACUGGAAAGAAGUCGUACACCCUUUAUUUCAUGUGUGAUUCGUACUUGGGCUGCGACCAGGAAUAUAGUUUCACAGUGGAUGUUAAAGAUGCAGCUGCAUUUGAUGAAGAAGACUAG